CCGGCACCAAUAUGGCUGCCGUUGGGGGGAGCAAUAUGGCUGCCGUUGGGGGGAGCAAUAUGGCUGACACCAAUAUGGCUGCCGUUGGGGGGAGCAAUAUGGCUGCCGUUGGGGGGAGCAAUAUGGCUGCCGUUGGGGGGAGCAAUAUGGCUGACGGUAAUAUGGCUGCCGUUGGGGGGAGCAAUAUGGCUGCCAUUGGGGGGAGCAAUAUGGCUGACAGUAAUAUGGCUGCCGUUGGGAGGAGCAAUAUGGCUGCCAUUGGGGGGAGCAAUAUGGCUGACAGUAAUAUGGCUGCCGUUGGGGGGAGCAAUAUGGCUGCCAUUGGGGGGAGCAAUAUGGCUGACACCAAUAUGGCUGCCGUUGGGGGGAGCAAUAUGGCUGCCAUUGGGGGGAGCAAUAUGGCUGACAGUAAUAUGGCUGCCGUUGGGGGGAGCAAUAUGGCUGCCAGCACCAAUAUGGCUGCCGUUGGGCGGAGCAAUAUGGCUGACAGUAAUAUGGCUGCCGUUGGGGGUAGCAAUAUGGCUGCCAGCACCAAUAUGGCUGCCAUUGGGGGGAGCAAUAUGGCUGACACCAAUAUGGCUGCCGUUGGGGGAAACAAUAUGGCUGACAGUAAUAUGGCUGCCAUUGGGAGGAGCAAUAUCGUUGACGGUAAUACGGCUGCGAUUGGGAGGAGCAAUAUGGCUGCCGGCACCAAUAUGGCUGCCGUUGGGGUCAGCAAUAUGGCUGACAGUAAUAUGGCUGCCAUUGGGGGGAGCAAUAUGGCUGCUGGCACCAAUAUGGCUGCCGUUGGGGGGAGCAAUAUGGCUGCCAUUGGGGGGAGCAAUAUGGCUGACACCAAUAUGGCUGCCAUUGGGGGAAACAAUAUGGCUGACACCAAUAUGGCUGCCGUUGGGGGGAGCAAUAUGGCUGCCAGCACCAAUAUGGCCGAUGCCAAUAUGGCUGCCGUUGGGAAAAGCAAUAUGGCAGACACCAAUAUGGCCGCCAUUGGGGGAAAUGUGGCUGGCAUUGGAGGAAACAAUAUGGCCGCCACCAAUAUGGCUGCCGUUGGGGGAAACAAUAUGGCUGACACCAAUAUGGCCGCCAUUGGGGAGAACAAAAUGGCCGACACAAAUAUGGCUGCCACAAACAUGGCCGCCGUGGUGGAAAACAAAAUGGCCGACACCAAUAUGGCUACCGGAACCAAGAUGGCGUCAGGGCCCCGCCCCUUUACCUGCCCGCUCUGUGGGCGGAGCUUCGCCCCCUCCAGCACCGCAUAGGCCCCGCCCCCAGCGCGGGGUGGGUGGAGUUUGUGUGGAUGGGGGAUUGUUUGUGGGCGUGGUCAGUGUUGGCCACGCCCCUGGGGGGGUCAAUAAACGCUGAGUCAGCAA